AUGAGUAGAGCCCAGUUCCUGCUGUCACUGCUGGUGGUGCUGUGUGCUCUACUGACAGCUACGGAGGCAGCCACCUACCAUCUCGUGGGUCAGUGGAUGCCCGCUACCAAGAACACAGCCACCGAGAACCUGCUGAUAGAGGCGCUGCAGAAGAAGAACCCGUCGCUCAAGUCGCAGAUAUGCUUCACAGAAGUCACGGCCAUCGAGCAGCAGAUCGUCAACGGCAUCCAUUUCCGCUAUCACGUGCGCGGAUGCGAGGCUGCAACGCCCGGCCGCUGCAACAGCGGCACUUGCGCCACCGAGAAUAAGUUCAACGUCGAGCUCUUCGUGCAGCCGUGGGCGAACGUCGUGCAGGUCAUGUCUACGGUCGAUGUGCAGUAG